AUGGGCCUGAUUGGCAUUUCCCUCGUCGUCGCUUCCAUUGUGUGUUUCUGCAUCUAUCCGAGGGUAUGGCUGGACCUGGCUGCGCCCCUGCUGCAGUGGCGCCGACGGCCGCCUAUCUCUCCCGAGCGCGAAAAGGAGGAUGCGGCUGUGUCUGGAUCAAUUUCUGCAUCCGUGUCUGAGUCGCGGUUGGAGACUACUGGGCCAGCGUCUCCCAAAGCCGUGUCCGGUCGCGCCAUCCCGCCUCCGCCGUUGCCUUUGAGCCGAAGCCGAAGCCGAAGCGCAGACGAAGACGAAGAAGACGAACCGACAACCCCAAAGGCGACCCAGACUACUCAGACUUCCCAGACUUCCCAGACCUCCCAGACCUCCCAGAUCACCACCACCACACCUCUCCUGUCGCUCUCUAUGCCCGACGACGAUUCCAGUCCCAGAAGCAUGCCGCCGCCCAUGUUUCCUGCUCUCUCGUCGGCACAGCGAGCAGCUGGUCCUUCUCUAGGCCUCAUGGCACCUCCUCCUCGGAUAUCACCUCGAAUAUCGCCCUCAUCCUCCCUCUCGGCUCAACGCCGGCCACCUGGACUGGCUCCGGCCAGAACCUCGUCCUCCCUCGCCCCCCUCGCCCCCCUCGCCUCCCUCGCCUCCCCCCUCACUUCCCCCUCCUCUUCUCGCAACAAGGUCCAUCUCACGCCUGGCCACAGCCCGCUCGACUGGGCUCGUCUCACGGCCGACCCUCAUGCCAACCUGCGCAAUAUGCCGCCUGAGGCUCCUCAGCUGCUGCGCGUCACACCGUCGCUGCUUCGGACCAUGAACGGACGUCGUGGCCGUGAUGCCUGGACCGCCCUCGGUGGCAUAGUCUACAAUCUGUCGCCCUACCUGCCCUUCCACCCUGGCGGCGAGCCCGAGCUGCUGCGCUGCGCCGGUCGCGACGGCAGCCGUCUCUUCAACGACAUCCAUUCGUGGGUCAACUACGACAAUAUGUUGUCGGCCUGUCGCAUCGGCAUCCUCGUCGAGGAGCACGAGUCCGUCGCCAGUCCGAUGGAGGACAUGGACUAG